GCGGGCGAGAUUUCCCUCUUGGCGUCGGUCAGGAAUGAGUACAACCUGAAGAGGUUGCAGGAAGCGGCUCUCAUUCAUGACCGGUCCUCGAGAAAGCCAUGGGAAGAGAGCCGGCUCGGAAGGAACCAUGGAAAGGGAGGCGCUCGAGGAGUGCACGUCACCGAGCUGGACAGCGACGACGGGGCCGAGACGGAGGAGGACGACCGCGCCUGCGUCGUGAGCGAGGACCUGGCCCAGGAGCUCCACACCGCUUACAUGGCGCAUCAGAACGCAAGGUCCCGAUACAAGGAGGCCGUGAAGGGCAGGGGCUUUGACGCAGAGGCAAUGCGAGAGAAGGCAGCGGCCAGGCUGAAGCUGGCCAAGGAGAGGUCCUACUGCAGCGCCUGCAAGCGGAAGGGGCACUGGCACAAGGACGCAGAGUGCCCGCUGAACAAGAGAAAGCCGGUCAACCGCACGCAGGUGCUCAUGACCAGCCUCGGCGGCGGAGAGGGGCGCAAGGCCCAUGAAGCCAUGGUCGUGGAGGUCCACGUGGCCAUGCGGGCAGGACAAGGCAAGCUGCUCAUGAUCUUGGACACGGCGUGUGCGAGCUCGGUGGUGGGAUACCCAACCCUGACUGCUUACAUGGAAGAGGCCGACGGAACUGGCGUGGAGUACAUGUUCGAGCCGGACGACGAGUGCUUCAAGUUCGGCGCCUCGCGCGUCUUCAAGGCGGACUUUGCGGCCUGGCUGCCCGUGAGGGUCGGAUCCCAGUGGAUCGUGGCCAAGAUCGACCUCGGAGGCGAGUGCGUCGACUUCGGCGUCCUGAGCGGGCAGGAUUUUCCCCUGGCGCAGGCCCAAGGUGGACACCCGGCGAUUGCAGUGUUUCCAGACGGGGCGGCUAAGCCACCACAGCUCGACUGGACCCAAGUCAAAGACCUGGGCCGGAACAAUGGAGUAUGGUGCCCGAGCGCUGUGCGAGCAUAUAUGGCGCAUGCAGGGGAGGAGCAAAAGGUAAAGGGCGAAGGGAAGAAGUUGUUCUAUGCCAAGAAGUUGCCCCCAGCAGUUCAGGACAUGUUGGUUGCCAAGCAGGUUUCGAGUGAAGCGUUCCUGGGGUGGUGGAAGGGCACCAAGGUUCAGAAGGCCUUGGGCGACGAAGUGGUUGAAGAGAGGAUUCCAGUAAGAGGCCCCCAGUUUGUAUCCGACAGUGGAAGAGCGCACCAGACCCAACGUCUGAGCAGCCAACUUUGUGGAUCGGCCGGAGCUGUUUCAACAAAGCUCAAACGACCGAACCGGCGCCCGACCCCACUUCGGCGCCCCGCGCUAUGGUCGCUGAACAAGCAGGGCCUGACGGACGAGCUGGAGACCUACGGGAUCGCCGCCCACCCCGACUGGACGACGAACGAGAUCCGCGACAGAGGGAGGCUCGGAAGUGCAACGUGGUCCUGCGAGCGUCCCACAAAGGGUGCUCUGGCAAAGAUGAUCCGAGAUGCCCAUGGAGCCCCGAACGACACCAUCGUCCCUUUCGGGAUGUACUGGGGGUGGGCCUAUGCCCAAGUGCCGGUUCCUUACUUGGAGUGGGCGGCGGCAGAGGCGACCCAGGAGUCGGCGUCGGACGACCUGAAGCGCAUCGCUCGGUGGUGGACGGACCAGAAGAAGGAGAAGACGAACAAGGCGAAGGGCGCGGGCCUACCCGAGAACGACCCCGAGAAGAACUGGAAGCUGGCACCACCGCCCGGGACGGCGGCGGGGGAGUCCGAGCACGACAUGAUCAAGGAGGAGCUGGCGGCGCUCCAGGAACGCAUGGCCAAGCUGCAGCAGAUGGCGAGCAACCUGGAGGGCAAGGGCGACGCCGCCAAGAAGCACAAGGAGGAGACGCAGCCGACCUCGUCCACCAGGCCGAGCCGCUGGGACGAGAAGCCGGGGAAGAUCCCAAAGCGCGGGGUCUACCAGCAAAUCGUUGAAGACCCCGGCGACAAGGAAGAUGAUGACUCCGAGGGCGAGGUGGACGAACAGCAGGCUGGCGAUGACGACGGUUCGGGGAUGACGGGCGAGGGGGGCCAGGUGAUGGACGCGCUGGCCGAGAAUGGCGGCUGCCUGCUGGGCGCGUGCGACUGCAACGAGCUCUGCGAGACGGUGGCGUUCGGGCGACCGCGCCUGCUGUGGCUGGAGCUGCCCAGCCGACCCUGGGUCCAGGGCGGCCGACGAGGGGCAGGACAUGAAGACUGGCUGGGGCGGCUGUUGCGGCUGGACCUGACCGAGCUCCGAGACUUGGAGGCCAAGGGCGUCUACGCUGGCGAAGAGGUGGCGGACAGGCCCCGGAGCGCGGAGAUCGAGAGCGCCGGCGCUGGAGGCAUCACCUUUGAUGCGUCGGUCGGCGCUGCGCCGGCUGCGUCAGAACCUCGAGCACAUCCCCAACCAGGAGCUGGCCAGGCCAAGUUGCUCAGGUGCCGGGCGUGUGCGAGAAUUCAGUCGGCCAGGCCGGCCAAGCCAGUUCCGGUCCUGGACUUCCUCGAGAUCGACGUGGUGCACCUGGUCGACGGAGCCGGCGCAAAGCACAUGGCGCUCAGCAUGGUCGACUAUGCCUCCACCUACCAUGUCAUGGCGAGGGUGAAGGACGCCAAGGCCAAGACACUUACAGCAGCCGUGAGGGACUACUGGGUCGCAUGGGCGGGACCUCCCCGAACUUUCUCGUUGGACCUGGACAGCGGGUUCAGGAACGUCUUCGAGGAUGGUGUCUGGAAAGACAUCUGGGACAGACUCGUCGAGAGCGAGGCCGUCACGGAGAGCGAGGUGGCGUGGGCCAUGGCGGAGGUGCUCCCUGGAGACGUGGUCGAUGGGGCCAAUGACCUCUCCGCCCUGAGCAGCUUCAGCAUCGACUCGAGAAGCUCCAGCGGCAGAACGCCAUCCGUCAGGAAGUACAACUUUGAGCCUGGCGACCUGGUCUAUGUUUUCCGCGAGCGGUGCCUGCUGUGCGCCCCGGAGCUCUCCGAGCUGCUAAAGAUCAAGGCGGCCAUGGGGGACAUCCAAGCGCUCAUCGACGAGGACAAGAAGCUGGUCAAGAAGCAGAGGGUGGAUCCCGCAACAGCGGCGGCCAGCGCGGCGAGUGCUCAGGCAAUUAUGGUCGAGCGCCCGGAGGCCAAGGAGAUCUGGUUCGGCAAGGUGGCGGCCACGGUGGCGAGCAGGGAGAAGCAAUUGGAGACGGAGAUCCCAGAGCUCCAUUGCCCCUUGGACAGGCCCGCCUUUGUCGAAGACGAGCGGAAGCAAUGGCAGGAGCACCUGGACUUUUGCGCAGUGAGGGUGCUGUCCAAGGCCGAGACAGCGCAGGUGCUGGAGGAGGUGCCUCCAGAACGUAUACUUAAUGCCCGCUUCGCCCUGAAAAGUAAGGCCAGAGCGCAGAGGCUGAAGAACCCCGAGGUCCCCGCCGCUGGCGAUCGACAGGCAAGCCUGAUGCUGGGGACCCAGUGCGCCAUGUCGGAGGGAUGGUGUGGAAGCAUUGGAGAUAUCCAAGCCGCCUUCUUGAACGGCGUGGAGGCGCCGAGAGGGCUGUACUUCAGACAGCCGGCCCGCGGCUUGCCGGGGGUCAAGGAAGGCGUUCUCAUAGAGAUCGUAAAAGGAGUGUUUGGGCUAUCAACGAGCCCAAGGCUGUGGUUCGAGAAGCUGGUCGCGGAGGUCCUCGCGCUGAAGGUCCCGGUGCCCGGACAAGGGGAGAUCAGGUUCGAACAGAACUUGAUAGACCCAUGCGUGUUCCACCUGGUCAUGGUUGAGGCGGAGGGCAACGACCUGGCGACGAAGGACGGGAGCGACACCUGCGGACUCCUUGAAGCCCACGUGGACGACCUCUUGCUUUGGACUCUGGCGAGGCUCCGGGACUUGGUGCAAGCGGCCCUGGGCGAGCUGUUCCCGAUUUCGGAGUGGGAAAACGGCUCCUUCAAGUACGUCGGCAACAACUACGAGGAGACCGAGGAGGGCUACGUGAUCAGUCAGGCGUCCUCGAUCGUGGUGUACCACGACGCGGCCUGGGGGAACGUCGACCUGGAGGACGAGGACCUGGGCGAUGUGACGGGACACAAGGUCGGCUCGCAGCUCGGCUACUUAAUCCUGGCGGUGUCGAGGAACGCC